AUGGCGGCGGCGGCGGCACUGAGGGAUCAGCCUCAGAAGUGCAGUGUGACCUUUGAGGAUGUGGCUGUGUACUUCUCCUGGGAGGAAUGGAGACUCCUUGAUGAGGCCCAGAGAAGCGUGUACCUCGAUGUGAUGCUGGAGAACUAUGCACUUAUAUCCUCGCUGGGUUGCUGCUGUGGAACAGAGAAUGCAGAGGCACCUUCUGAACAGAUCACUUCUCUAGGAGUAUCACAGGCUAGGACUCCAAAGGCAGCUUUGUCUUCCCAGAAGAUGCACCCCUGUGAGACUUGUGGUGCAGUCUUGAAAAAAGUUUUCCACUUGUGUGACCACCAGGAAACACAACACACCCAGAAACUGUUGAGGUGUGGAGCAUGUGUGAAACAGUUUUGUUUUAGUGCAAAUUUUCAGCACCGCCAGGAAUGGCACAUGGGAGAGAAAAUCCUCAGAAGUAGUGUGGAUGAGGCCAAGUUUUUCAAGAGCUGCAGAUUCCUUGUGUUACAGAAGCCAUUUACCUGCAGGGAGCUUGAAAAGGACUUUCCGACCAUUGUGGGACACCUGCAGCAACAGACCACUCAUACUGUGGAGAAGCCAAAUAUAGGCACCCAAUGUGAGUCAACUUUACAGAGCAGAAGUCAUCACACCUCAGGAGAAUGCAAGAAAGCCCUCAGCCCCAAACACACACUUGUUCAGGAUCAGAGUGUCCAUACUGGAAUACCUUGUUUUGUGUGCAGCGAAUGUGGGAAAGCAUUCAGCCAUAGGUCAAGAGUUCAUUCUGGAGAAAGGCCUCAUGAGUGCAGUGAAUGUGGGAAAUCUUUUAUCACUCGUACUGCUCUCCGUUAUCAUCACAGAGUUCACACUGGAGAAAGGCCUUACGAGUGUAGUGAAUGUGGGAAAUCUUUUACCCGAAAAAAUAACCUAAUUAUACAUGUAAGAGUUCAUUCAGGAGAAAGGCCUUAUGAAUGUAGUGAAUGUGGGAAAUCUUUUACUUUUAGCUCUAGCCUUCGUUAUCAUCACAGAGUCCACACUGGAGAAAGACCAUAUGAGUGCACUGAAUGUGGGAAAUCUUUUAACAAUAGCUCUGCCCUCCGUUAUCAUCAGAGAAUUCACACAGGAGAAAGGCCUUAUGAGUGCAAUGAAUGUGGGAAAUCUUUUAUCUCUAAGUCUGACCUCCAUUAUCAUCAGAGGGUUCAUUCUGGAGAAAGGCCUUAUGAGUGUAGUGAAUGUGGGAAAUCCUUUAUCCGAAGGAAUAACCUGCUUUUACACCAGAGAGUUCACACAGGAGAAAGGCCUUACAAGUGUAGUGAAUGCGGGAAAUCUUUUAACAAUAGAUGGACACUUAUUCAACACCAGAGAGUUCAUACAGGAGAAAAGCCUUAUGUGUGCAGUGAAUGUGGGAAAUCUUUUACCUCCAGCUCUACAUUAUGUUAUCAUCAGAGAGUUCAUGCAGGAAAAAGGCCUUAUGAGUGCAGUGAAUGUGGGAAAUCUUUUACCUCUAGUUCUACCCUCCGUUAUCAUCAGAGAGUUCACACAGGAGAAAGACCUUAUGAGUGCAGUGAGUGUGGGAAAUCUUUUACUUUUAGUGCCAGCCUCCGUUAUCAUCACAGAGUGCACACUGGAGAAAGGCCUUAUGAGUGCAAUGAAUGUGGGAAAUCCUUUAAGGAUAGAUCGCAAUUCAAUAAACACCGGAGAGCUCACACUGGAGAAAGACCUUAUGAGGGAGAAAAGCCUUAUCAGUGCAAUGAAUGUGGGAAGUCCUUUACCAAUAGCUCUAUACUGAUUCGACACCAGAGAGUUCACACAGGAGAGAGACCUUAUGUGCCUUAUGAGUGCAGUGAAUGUGGGAAAUCUUUUAUCUCUAGCUCCAAACUCCGUUAUCAUCAGAGAGUUCACACAGGAGAAAGGCCUUACGUGUGCAGUGAAUGUGGGAAAUCUUUUAGAGACAGUUCCCAGUUUAGUCAACACCGGAGAGGUCACACUGGGGAAAGACCUUAUGAGUGUAGAGAAUGUGGGAAAUUUUUUAUGCGAAAAUCUACCCUUUCUCAACAUCAGAGAAUUCACAGUAAAGUGAGGCCUUAUGAGUGUGGCGAGUGUGGGAAAUCCUUCAGCUACAGCUCUACUCUUAUUAAACACCAGAGAGUUCACACUGGAGCCAGGCCUUAUAAGUGUGGUGAGUGCGGGAAUUCCUUUAGCCAAAGCUCCAAUCUCAUUCAACACCAGAAGAUCCACAGUGGGGCAAGGCCUUAUAAAUGCACUGAAUGUGGAAAAUCCUUCAGCUACAAAUGCAAACUUGUGCAGCACCUGCGCAUUCACACUGGAGAGAGGCCUUAUGAGUGUGGGGAAUGUGGGAAAUCCUUUAGCCACAGCUCCACCCUCAAUCAACACCAGAGAAUUCACACUGGAGCCAGACCUUACAAGUGUGAUGAGUGUGAGAAAUCCUUCAGCCAAAAGUCCAAUCUCAUUCAGCACCGGAGAGUUCACACAGGAGAAAAGCCUUAUGAGUGUGGGGAAUGUGGGAAAUCCUUUAGUCAGAGCUCCCACAUCAUUCAACACAGAAAACUGCAUACCAGAUAA